UGGACCCGUCCAAUCCCCAGAGCUUAGGGAGGGGAUGGGCCAGAGGGGCAGACCAUUAGUUAUUGCCCAGCAGAGUGCCUUUGUCGUGGAGGAGUGUAGCGCUAGAGACUUGAGGAAACCUUCCUGCCUGUCAUCUUCUGCAGCUCACCUGAAAGGCAAGGCCUUUGGCAUGCAAGUUUGGAGGACAGUAGUAGAACAGUUCUACCGGAAGCUCGGCCCCAGGGCUGUGGAGGAUGUGGGGACGCUGUGGCCACAGCACUGUGGAGGACGUGGGGACGUUGCGGCCACAGGGCUGUGUGGAGAGCAUCUGAAUGCUGCAGCCGUUGGGCUGUGUGGACAUCAGAACGCUGCAGCCACCCGGAGGCGUGGAGGACUGCAGAAUACAACAGCCACAGCCCUCAUGCAGGACGUUGGGACACAGCAGCCACAGCCCGUGGAGGAUGUCAGGACACAGCCCGCAUGCAGGACACUGGGACACAGCAGCCACAGCCCCCGUGGAGGACGUCGGGACACAGCCACAGCCCGUGUGCAGGGCGUCGGAGCACGGCAGCAAAGACUGUGCGGAAUGUUGGAGCGCUGUGACCAGCUGGAAGCUUGGAGGAUGUCAGAGCACCGUGGCCCUGUGGGAACCGUCUGGGUGCCUUGGCCUCGGGUUGGAGAGAAGAAACUGCGUGGGGAGUUUGGGGAGUACUUUUAAAGACACCAAAGCAAAAGGCACUUUGAUUUUUAAAAAUGGCGAGAAAUGAAAAUAUUGUGCUAUUAAAAAAUCCUUUGGGGUGAUGUUCUGUCAAAGUCAGGCCUGACCAAAAUGACCACCCCUCUCAGGAGAUGGAUGGGGUGUUGAUAGUAGUAGAGGCUUCCAGAAGAAAGGAACGAAAGGCUAUAAAAAAAAUCCGUUUUCUGCUCAAUUUUGCAUGGACUUAAAAGCUGCUCUAAAAAUGGUCUAUUAAAAUAAAAAAAAAAUCCAAAAGACCCCUGGAAAUGAAGAUAUAAAUGUACAAUCCAAUAGAAAGGCCAAAACGUCAAAUUGAUAUCUCACAACUUAGAAUACUAUAGACCAGGAAAGAGGUUAUUAGAGAACUAACCUAGGAAACUAACAUGUAAAUAAAAGACAUUCUUGGUCUUCUUUCUCUUUUAUCCUUCCUAUCAUCCUUCCUUCCUUUCUUUCUUUUUCUUUUUGUUUUGGACUACGUCCUGUGUUGCUCAGGACUUUCUCCUCUCUGUGUGCUCAGAAUCCUCCCUGGCAGUAUCUAGGGUGUUGAGGGUGCAAGCCAGCAUGCAAGGCAAGUUGCUUCACCACUUGUACUAUUUAUCUAGCCCUAAAAGACAUCUCAGAGAAAACAGAAGAGAAAAAUGGGAGGAAAGAACUUAAAGAAUUUUUUUAAAAGUCCAAUCACAAAGAACCUGAGUUUGCAGCUGCAAGAGUACCUCACGUGCAUUAUGAUGUUCCAUCGGCCCUCAAAAAGGAAUGUCCUUGACAGAUUUCUGAGCAGAGAACAGACACUGUCUCCAAUGAUUGGCCAGCAGGUACCAGCCUGGGCUGUGAGCAGGGCUGACUCCAUGUUUGGGUUGAUUCCUCUCCAGAAUGCCAAUACCUACUUUUGUGUGAUGGAGUUUGAAAUUUUCACAGCACAUGUCUGGAGUGCACUGGUACCUCUCCUCUGUGGGCAGCUCUCGUGUUGGAGAACGUUUGUCUUCUUCUGGUGGGAGUGAGACAGAUGCCCCAUUGUGAUGGACACGUGGCUUGGCUGCUGCCCUGUACUACAGCACAGUACCAUGCGGGCUUUCCAACACCUUGCCUGCUUGGACACAGUCUAAAAUUCUUGUGCAGAGUGGAGUGUCCCUGUUGCUACAGCUUGCAGUUCUUCCUACCUGGUUCUUUGAGAGAUGAGUAUGGCAUUGACUGCUCUCCACACCUGCCCCCUGUCCAAAUAACGGAGCAUCUCCAGCUCUUUUUUUUCUCCUUUGUGAUCUGGGGCUGCAUGUGUGUAUUAAUGCAUUUAUAUUCAGAUGUGUGGGUUUAUGUAUAUAAAGUAAUUAGUCUGUGCUAGGAGUUCCACGUUUACACCUGUAAUUUUCAUUGCUCUCACUUAAAAUAAAACUUUACUUCCUCUUUGA